GCUGUUCGCGCGCCAGGAGCGGGUGUUGGUUGUCGGGGCUAAAGCUCCUCCAGCAUCUUUGGUCGGGGCUGUCCAAGCGCCAGGAGCGGUUGUCGGUUGUCGGGGCUAAAGCUCCUCCAGCAUCUUUGGUCGGGGCUGUCCAAGCGCCGUGUCUCCCGCUGCGGCGGAUCCGGUUGAGAGAUGGAGGUUCCAAGUGACGGCCAAGCCCCGGCCGCCGUCUCGUAUCGGGACGUGAAGUCGGUGAAGGUGCCGAGCGCCCCCAGCAUCGAGGACUUCCUUAUCAUCAAACCCAUCAGCCGUGGGGCGUUCGGUAAAGUGUACCUGGCUCGCAAAAAACAGGGCGAGCAUAAGAUGUAUGCUGUCAAGGUUGUCAAGAAAGCUGAUCUGAUACAUAAAAACAUGGUGCACCAAUUGCAGGCAGAGAGAGCUGCACUAGCUCUCAGUAAAAGCCCUUUUAUUGUCCACUUGUAUUACUCUCUUCAGUCCACCAACAACGUUUAUCUCGUUAUGGAGUAUCUUAUUGGUGGGGAUGUCAAGUCUCUCCUUCACAUUUAUGGUUAUUUUGAUGAAGACAUGACAGUAAAAUAUAUCUGUGAGGUUGCUGUAGCAUUGGACUAUUUGCACAGACAUGGAAUUAUUCAUAGAGAUCUGAAACCUGAUAACAUGUUAAUUUCUAACCAGGGCCACAUCAAAUUAACUGACUUUGGUCUCUCCAGAGUUGCUCUGAACAGAGAAGUAAACAUGAUGGAUAUUCUGAACACACCUUCCAUGAUUAAUCCGAAACUGGAUUACUACCGUACUCCGGGUCAGAUCUUGUCUCUCAUUAGUUCUCUGGGCUUAAACACGCCAAUGGGAGGAAAAUCCAAAGAUGCAUCGCCACUGUUGAGCCCCAUGAUAUGUAACAACGUUAAUGUUUCCCUUGGAUCAUUUUGUUGUUCUCCUCUGCCACAGAGUGCCAAAAGAUGUAACAAUGGGCUUGCAACUAAAGGUGCUGACAGCUCAUCUUGCAGUCCGAGCAUGCCAGUGAAAUAUCUGACACCAGAUUUUGCCCAAUUAAGUACAAAGAUUGCAGAGUCAAGUGCCAGCAGUCAAUCACGUCUGAUUCCCUCGAGCACCGAGUCAGGAUGUUUAAAGAGUCCGCUGUGGGAAGAAGAACAGCAGAGAAAAGAAAUCGGAGAGCCUGAUGCAAAAGUAAUUGCAACCAGUGGAAAGUCUGUUAUAAGCAGCUCAUUUAGGAAGAAUGAUGUCCAUCAUAAAGACGAUCUAGAGAUGAAUGUCUCUCCGGUUGAGAAUGAAAGCCAUCCAGGAAGAAGGCCAGGUGGAGUGACUGAGCAUCUCCAGAUUCGGGCUACUCCUCUUAACAAUGCAGUUAAAGGCCUUGUCAAAAAAUGCCUUUACAAAUGUGUGGCAAAAGAAGAAGAAAAAGAUACUUCACCCACAGCCGAAAUGACCAAAGGCUCAGUCAAAAGACUAUGUACCCAAAGCACUUCAUCUACUUUGAGAAACAAAGUAAAGGAAAACCCAAUGAAUUUAGGAGAACUUCUCUGCCACACAACAUCAGAAGGAACUGUUCCAUUUGAAAGUUUACCUCUCCCAGGAAGCCUGAUGGAUAUAUCAUUGAGUGCUUCCCAAGAUGAUUAUGGGAAUGGAAUGGAAGAGGAAAUUGAUGUAAAGCCAAACAAGUCAAAGAGGACAUUUGAUGAGGUAGAUAAUAGCCCAUUUUCGAUUAACCCCCGAAGUAAGAAGGCUAAUUCUGAAUAUAAACGAGGAUACGAAAUACCAGAAUUCCAACCGAUUCCUCACACAGGUUUAACUAGAGAAAUAAAUGCACUGGAAUUAGGUUCUGGAAUACAUAAUUGCGAAAGCCCUGAUACGGCUAAUGGGUGCUUUGAAGGGAAUACCAGAAACUCUGAAAAGAGAACACCUGAUACGUCCUUAGCCAAAAACCUACUUACUGAAUUAGAUGAGCAAUGUGAAAAGGAGGAUUGUAAAAAUGAACUCGGGAGCAGUUUUCAGAUUGAUGAUAAUGAUAAGAGUCUGCAGAGAAGUCUAAGUUUAUAUUCAGCUUCCUCUGCUCAGGAAGAAUCUUUCACGGAAAUUCAUAAUGAGAAAGCAUUUGAUGUCAGCACAAAAGAUUCUUCGUUUGAACAGGUUACAACUAAAGACCAUAUUUCUCCCCAGUUUUGCACCCUGCAUAAAAUACUGCCUUAUUGUGCAGCUUCAAAGCACCAGCCUAUCUGUGCUGACAGUAACAAGUGCACCAACCAUUCAGCAGAAAUAUGCCAUGAUCUUCGUCCUUCACUCCUUGUCAAUUCACUGGCUUCAAACCAAAAUAAAUCUAAUGUUCUGUUCCGAAGUUAUUGCAGUCCAAUAUAUGAAUCUGAUUUAUCUGUAAAAACCGGGAUGAGUAUGGAGUCGAGAGAAAAAAUGGAUACAUCCCUUUGUACUGGGAGUUACCCACAAGCAGUGACACCUCUGUCAAGAAUCCAUUUGUACAAGCUAAAUGGAUCAUUUCAGACUCCACUGCCAGCGAUUAUGCAAACUCCUUAUAGAACUCCCAAAAGUGUGCGGAGAGGUCCGGCCCCAGCAGAGUGGGAUAGAAUUCUGGGAACACCCGAUUACUUGGCCCCUGAACUUCUCCUGAGGAUGCCACAUGGUCCAGCAGUGGAUUGGUGGGCUCUUGGAGUCUGUUUAUUUGAGUUUCUUACGGGCAUUCCUCCCUUCAAUGAUGAAACACCUCAACAAGUCUUUCAGAAUAUCUUGAACAGAGAUAUCCCGUGGCCAGAAGGUGAAGAACAAUUGUCCAAAGAUUCCCAAGAUGCAAUUGAGAUUCUAUUGACUAUUGAAUGUUUCAAAAGAGCUGGAUUAAAAGACCUCAAGAAGCAUUCACUUUUCCACAAUAUCGACUGGGACAAUUUGCAGAAUUGUGCCAUGCCCUUUGUCCCACAACCAGACGAUGAAACAGAUACUACGUAUUUUGAAGCCAGGAAUAAUGCACAACACCUUACUGUGUCAGGUUUCAGCUUGUAGCACACCCAUUGGGUAAAUCUAGAUGGCACGUGGGAGUGAGAGCAAAAUGCACACACUUGAAUAUAAAAUUGAUACUAAACCUAAUAGUAAUUAUUGUUUUGGUAAGAGUAAGAUUUAUCUUUUGUUACAUUUAUCAUUUAAAUUUUCGACUGAUUUAUUCAAAAUGAUCUAGAUUAUUUUGAAAGCCAUUAUUUAUAAAGACUAAUUCUUUGUCGGCUUAUUUCUUGACAUUUAUUCAAAGCAAUUUUCCAUACAGCCAGACAAUUUUGGUCAUUGUGUACCAGACUGACAAGUCUUUCAGAUCCUCUCCAAAAUCUCUCCAGCGUAUACCCUCUUCCUUUACCCCCCCCCCCCCCCCCCCCCCCCAAAAUCUUGCAGAUGCACUUUAUAUCUAUGAUUGACAACUAAAUACUGCUAAUUUUACAUACAGAUGAUGUUGUUUUAAUUUAUGUUCGUAUGGGUAUGUCCAAAAAAUGUAUGUUUUUAUUAAUUUGUGCAUCUGGUCCAAUUGAAAAUGUUGUCAGAACUAUUCAUUGAUAGGUCAGUCACUCAUCAGUAAUCUUGCUGAAUAAAUGUUAAAGGAUGGAGUUAACUGCUCCGUGCAUUAGCUGGCCUGAAGCCCCUCAAAUGAGAAUUAAAGCUGCUAAUUUCUACAUUCCAAUUAAUGUUUGUUUGCCUGUCGGCUGCUUUAAAUCUUUCUCCAAAGUUCCUAGAUAAUACAUUUGGCCAAUAGUGAUCACAAAGUGCAUCCGUGAGUGCUUCCUCUUGUCCUAUUUAAUUAAUUAUGAAUAUACAGAUUAGCAAAUGACCGUUGCCAAUUACUGAUAUCAUUUUUGAUAACAUAUUUAUACAAUCUACUCCAAUGGACCUUUUUGUAAGAUUAUGUAACCUAUGGUGAUUCAAAUAAAAAAAUAUAUUAAUGGG